UCUGAGGGGGAACCAAAGUUCUCCAGCUGUGUUUCCUUUACACAAUGACAGGGCGCACCUUCCUGUGAUCUCAGCCAGUGCAGUGUGUGUAUGGGGGGGAGGGGACGGGUCCAGCAUUGGGGAGCAAUGUGUGAUCUGUGACACGCUGGAGUGAACCGGACGGACCGCCAUGGACGGACUGACGUCCUGCCUGAACGAGAUGCUGGACAGCAUGAAGGCCGCGCAAGCCAAGCUGGACAGCGACCCUUUCUCCAUGGGGGACUUUUUGAAGAAAGCCGACGUCGCCGGCAACCUGCCCGCCUUCGUCCGGGGGAAGAAGCAGUACCCGUGCGACUUGUGCGGACGCGCUUUCUCCGACCCCUCCAACCUGAGGCGCCACAAGCACAUCCACACGGGCCUGAGGCCUUACGCGUGCGACGUGUGCGGCAGCAGCUUCCGUCAGAAGUCCCAGCUGGACCGCCACCACUUGGUGCACACGGGGGAGCGACCCUUCCAGUGCCCCCACUGCAUGAAGGGCUUCCGCGACUCCACCGAGCUGAGGGUCCACCUUCGGGUCCACACGGGGGAGCGGCCUUACACCUGCCCCGUGUGCGAAAAGAGCUUCUCCCGCAUCUGUUACAUGAAGCGCCAUCAAGAGAAGCACUCCGGUAAAGAGUUGCUGGCCCUACGGAAUCCCGACAAGAGACGUCUGGCCGCGACCACCAACGAAAACAAGGAUCUGGCUGGGGCCUACCAGUGUUCCUAUUGUAGCGACUGGUUCUUGACCAAGAAGGAGCUGGAAGACCAUCGUCCCGUGCACUUGAAGCUCGGACCUUCCGGCCAAAAACUCUACGAGUGCGCCGAAUGCAAGAAGUGCUUCAACAACUCGUCCAACUUGAGGAAGCACGCCGUCAUCCAUACCGGCCUCAAGCCCUUCACCUGCAACCUGUGCAACCAAAGCUUCCGGCAAGCCACCCACCUCCAGCGCCACCGCUUGGUCCACACGGGUGAAAAACCCUUCAAAUGCUCCAUCUGCCUCAAAGGUUUCCGAGACGCCAGCGAGCUGUUGAAGCACCAGCGCGUUCACAAGGGCGAACAACCCUACCAGUGCCGGCUUUCUGACAAGAGGUUUAACGCCAAGCUCCACCGGGAACAAGCGUUCGGUUCAGGAGAACGCCCUUGGCCGCCCUCUCGUUUCGUCCACAUGGCCCAUGCAGAUGAUGAUGAUGUUGUUGAGGAGCUUCAACUCUUGGAGCUCCCUUCUCCGGAGAAGAAAAGUGAAGUGGACGAAGUAGAAGAAAGCGAGGAGGAUUUGAAAUGCAGCCUUUGCUCCAGGACUUUCACCCGCAUCUCCAGCCUCCACAGACAUUACUUGAUGCACACGGGCUACCGGCCCUUCAGCUGCCACACCCGCAGCAAGGCUUUCCAGCAAAUGUCCCACCUCGACCGGCACAGGCAAGUUCACGGUAGGGAACGACGGUACGACUGCGUGCCUUGCCGUAAAGCUUCGAGUGAUCUUCUCCGCCACCAGGAGGCCCAUACGAAGGGCAGAUCGUUCAGUUGCUACAAGUGCGAUAAGACUUACACACAGAUUCAUUACCUGGAGUCCCAUCAGAAGAUCCACGAGCAGGACUCUUUUUUGGAGAUGGAGAUUCCGCAUGACGUUAACGAAGGCAACUCUAUUGAAGUUGUGUUGGUCUAACGGGAUCGAAAUUUGUUGACAAUGGAGAAACUUCCCUAAUAAACAUUACGAUGGUCUCAUAUGCAAAUUUUGACUUAAGAUAAAGUCGAAGGGCUGGUCCAACCCCUCCCACCUCCCAUAUUAGGCUAUUUGUUGGCCAUCAGGACCGCUGUUAGAAAUCACGGGGGGUCCUGUGAAGCCUACUUGAGAAGGCCCCCUUAAACUCCUGCAUCUAUCACCUUGAACAUGUGCAGGUGUAUGCAGGGCCACCAUAAAUCAUGGGGCCCUGUACUGCCUACCUGAGAAGGCCCCCUAUAACACCCACAUCUAUCCCCUUGAACAUGUGCAGGUGUCAGGUGUAUGCAGGGCCACCAUAAAUCAUGGGCCCUGUACUGCCUACCUGAGGAGGCCCCCUUAAACACCCACAUCUAUCCCCUUGAACAUGUGCAGGUGUAUGCAGAGCCGCCAUAAGAAAUCAUGGGGCCGUGUACAGCCUACCUGAGAAGGCCCCAUUAAACUCCUGCAUCUAUCACCUUGAACAUGUGCGGGUGUCAGGUGUAUGCAGAGCCGCCAUAAGAAAUCAUGGGGCCCUGAGCAGCCUACCUGAGAAGGCCCCCUCAAACUCCUGCAUCUAUCACCUUAAACAUAUGCAGGUGUCAGGUGUAUGCAGAGCCGCCAUAAGAAAUCAUGGGGCCCUGAGCAGCCUACCUGAGAAGGCCCCCUUAAAUUCCUGCAUCUAUCACCUUGAACAUGUGCAGGUGUCAGGUGUAUGCAGGGCCACCAUUAAUCAUGGGGCCCUGUACUGCCUACCUGAGAAGGCCCCCUUAAACACCCACAUCUAUCACCUUGAGCAUGUGCAGGUGUCAGGUGUAUGCAGAGCCGCCAUAAGAAAGCACGGGGCCCUGUACUGUCUACCUGACAAGGCCCCCUUGAGCAUCCACACUCAGGGGUCAGGGUGACUGUUGGGAGCCGAGUCCCCGUGCAAUGAGGCAGCACACGUGGUGGUGAAUUGUGGGUGUGGCAAAAUUGCCCUAACAGUGGGAGAGGCCUAAAACUCAAGCCCACAUGCAGAGUGCAGGGGUCAGUAGUAUGUAUCAUGGAAAGUGUAAGUUUAGGAGUAUGUAUCAUAGAGAGUGCAGGGGUCAGGUGUAUGUAUCAUAGAGAGUGCAGGGGUCAGGCAUAUGUAUCAUAGAGUGUGCAGGGGUUAGCUGUAUGUAUCAUAUACAGGGUGCAGGUGUAUGUAUCAUAUACAGGGUGCAGGUGUAUGUAUCACAGAGAGUGCAGGUGUAUGUAUCAUAUACAGAGUACAGGGAUCAGCUGUAUGUAUCAUAUACAGGAUGUAGGGGGUUAGGUGUAUGUCUCAUAUACAGGGUGCAGGGGUCAGGUGUAUGUAUCAUACAACGUGCAAGGGUCAGGUGUAUGCAUCCUACAGAGUGCAGAGGUCAGGUGUAUGCAUCAUACAGAGUGCAGGGGUCAGAUGUAUGAAUCCUUUGGAGGGCAGGUGUAUGUAUCAUGCUCUCCAUUGUAAGUUCAGGAGUAUCUAAUGUACAGAGUGCAGGGGUCAGGUGUAUGUGUCAUAUACAGGGUGCAGGGGUCAGGUGUAUGUAUCAUACAUGGUGCAGGGGUCAGGUGUAUGUAUCAUACAUGGUGCAGGUGUAUGUAUCAUACAUGGUGCAGGUGUAUGUAUCAUGCAGAUUGCAGGGGUCAGGUGUAUGAAUCCUAUGGAGGGCAGGUGUAUGUAUCAUGCAAAGUGUACCGUAAGUUCAGGAGUAUGUAAUGUACAGAGUGCAGGGGUCAGAAGUGACUGUCAGGAGCCUGUUCCCAAAAAUCAAACAAAAAGUCCCCUCUCUACCCGGGGGGGGCCUCCUGCUGAAUUAAGGGGGCCUGCACCAUAUAGAGAAAAAAAGUCCUGUGCAUAGACAUCGGUCAUCCUUCACCCAGGAGACCAUCUUGUGCAUAGACAUCGGUCAUCCUUCACCCAGGAGACCACCCUGUGCAUAGACAUUGGUCAUCCUUCACCCAGGAGACCAUCCUGUGCAUAGACAUCGGUCAUCCUCCAGCCGGGAGACCACCCUGUGCAUAGACAUCGGUCAUCCUCCACCCAGGAGACCAUCCUGCAUAGACAUCGGUCAUCCUUCACCCAGGAGACCAUCCUGUGCAUAGACAUCGGUCAUCCUUCACCCAGGAGACCAUCCUGUGCAUAGACAUCGGUCAUCCUCCACCCAGGAGACCAUCCUGUGCAUAGACAUCGGUCAUCCUUCACCCGGGAGACCACCCUGUGCAUAGACAUCGGUCAUCCUACACCCAGGAGACCAUCCUGUGCAUAGACAUCGGUCAUCCUCCACCCAGGAGACCAUCCUGUGCAUAGACAUCGGUCAUCCUCCAUCCAGGAGACCAUCCUGUGCAUAGACAUCGAUCAUCCUCCAGCCGAGAGACCACCCUGUGCAUAGACAUCGGUCAUCCUCCACCCAGGAGACCAUCCUGUGCAUAGACAUCGGUCAUCCUUCACCCAGGAGACCACCCUGUGCAUAGACAUCAGUCAUCCUCCACCCAGGAGACCAUCCUGUGCAAAGACAUCGGUCAUCCUCCAUCCAGGAGACCAUCCUGUGCAUAGACAUCGGUCAUCCUCCAACCAGGAGACCAUCCUGUGCAUAGACAUCGGUCAUCCUUCACCCAGGAGACCACCCUGUGCAUAGACAUCGGUCAUCCUUCACCCAGGAGACCACCCUGUGCAUAGACAUCGGUCAUCCUUCAUCCAGGAGACCACCCUGUGCAUAGACAUCGGUCAUCCUUCAGCCUAGAGACCAUCCUGUGCAUAGACAUCGGUCAUCCUUCACCCAGGAGACCAUCCUGCAUAGACAUCGGUCAUCCUUCACCCAGGAGACCAUCCUGUGCAUAGACAUCGGUCAUCCUUCACCCAGGAGACCACCCUGUGCAUUGAUAUCGGUCAUCCUCCACCCAGGAGACCACCCUGUGCAUAGACAUCGGUCAUCCUUCACCCGGGAGACCACCCUGUGCAUAGACAUCGGUCAUCCUUCACCCAGGAGACCACCCUGUGCAUAGACAUCGGUCAUCCUCCACCCAGGAGACCACCCUGUGCAUAGACAUCGGUCAUCCUCCACCCAGGAGACCAUCCUGUGCGUAGACAUCGGUCUUCCUUCACCCAGGAGACCAUCCUGUGCAUAGACAUCGGUCAUCCUCCAGCCGGGAGACCUUCCUGUGCAUAGACAUCGGUCAUCCUUCACCCAGGAGACCAUCCUGUGCAUAGACAUCGGUCAUCCUCCAACCUGGAGACCAUCCUGUGCAUAGACAUCUGUCAUCCUUCACCCGGGAGACCACCCUGUGCAUAGACAUCGGUCAUCCUCCACCCGGGAGACCAUCCUGUGCAUAGACAUCGGUCAUCCUCCAGCCGGGAGACCUUCCUGUGCAUAGACAUCGGUCAUCCUUCACCCAGGAGACCAUCCUGUGCAUAGACAUCGGUCAUCCUCCAACCUGGAGACCAUCCUGUGCAUAGACAUCUGUCAUCCUUCACCCGGGAGACCACCCUGUGCAUAGACAUCGGUCAUCCUCCACCCGGGAGACCAUCCUGUGCAUAGACAUUGGUCAUCCUUCACCCAGGAGACCAUCCUGUGCAUAGACAUCGGUCAUCCUCCACCCAGGAGACCAUCCUGUGCAUUGACAUCGGUCAUCCUUCACCCAGGAGACCAUCCUCCUGGACAGCACUAUUGGUCCCUAAGCCUUCCUUAAACCGGCUCACCUUAUGGAAUUAAGUGACCGUUCCCUUCAUAUCCAAUAUAAAUUCAGGGCUGAAGUUCUACACAAUAACUGUGAAGGUUAUUUGCACCUAUUUUAUAUAACCGUAGUUUGUGUUUUUUUAGGGUUUCUGGUACUUAAAACAGAACUAAACUGUAACUGAGCACUACAACUUGAAAAUGUUCAAACUCCCCCAUCCAACCAUGUCUAUCUCCAUCCAACCAUGUCUCCAUCCAACCAUGUCUACAUCCAUCCAUGUCUACAUCCAACCAUGUCUACAUCCAUCCAUGUCUACAUCCAUCCAUGUCUACAUCCAUCCAUGUCUCCAUCCAACAAUGUCUCCCUCCAACCAUGUCUCCCUCCAACCAUGUCUCCAUCCAUCCAUGUCUCCAUCCAACCAUGUCUCCAUCCAACCAUGUCUACAUCCAACCAUGUCUCCACCCAACAAUGUCUCCCUCCAACAAUGUCUCCCUCCAACCAUGUCUCCCUCCAACCAUGUCUACAUCCAACCAUGUCUACAUCCAACCAUGUCUACAUCCAACCAUGUCUCCACCCAACAAUGUCUCCCUCCAACAAUGUCUCCCUCCAACCAUGUCUACAUCCAACCAUGUCUCCAUCCAACCAUGUCUACAUCCAACCACGUCUACAUCCAACCAUGUCUACAUCCAACCAUGUCUACAUCCAUCCAUGUCUCCACCCAACGAUGUCUCCCUCCAACGAUGUCUCCCUCCAACAAUGUCUCCCUCCAACCAUGUCUCCAUCCAACCAUGUCUCCAUCCAACCAUGUCUACAUCCAUCCAUGUCUACAUCCAACAAUGUCUCCAUCCAACCAUCCAUGUCUCUCCAUCCAUUCAUGUCUAUACAUCCAUCCAUGUCUACAUCCAUCCAAGUCUACAUCCAUCCAACCAUGUCUACAUCCAACCAUGUCUACAUCCAUCCAACCAUGUCUACAUCCAACCAUGUCUACAUCCAUCCAACCAUGUCUCCAUCCAACCAUGUCUACAUCCAACCAUGUCUCCAUCCAACCAUGUCUACAUCCAACCACGUCUACAUCCAACCAUGUCUACAUCCAUCCAUGUCUCCACCCAACGAUGUCUCCCUCCAACAAUGUCUCCCUCCAACCAUGUCUCCAUCCAACCAUGUCUCCAUCCAACCAUGUCUACAUCCAUCCAUGUCUACAUCCAACAAUGUCUCCAUCCAACCAUCCAUGUCUCUCCAUCCAUUCAUGUCUAUACAUCCAUCCAUGUCUACAUCCAUCCAAGUCUACAUCCAUCCAACCAUGUCUACAUCCAACCAUGUCUACAUCCAUCCAACCAUGUCUACAUCCAAUCAUGUCUACAUCAAUCCAUGUCUACAUCCAUCCAUGUCUCCACCCAACAAUGUCUCCCUCCAACAAUGUCUCCCUCCAACCAUGUCUCCAU